AUGGCUUCAUCAAUAUCAGAAGACCUACUAGAAUCUCCACAUGUAUCAUUUCAAACAAAUCCUAAUCGUGGAAAACUUUCACUUGCUGAUCUAGCAUUUGCAAUACCAACAAAUCCACAUCCAGUAGAUAAUCAAUCAAUAGUAACACAAAAAUCUAUUGAAAAAAUUCCAACAUUAAUUAUAUGGUCAAUAUUUAAUUUAUUAUUAAUACCAUUUGGAAUUGUUUGUUGUUAUUUUUCAUAUAAAGUUAAACAAUAUAAAAAACAAUAUCAAUAUCCAAUGGCUAUUAAAUGGUCAAAACGUACACUUAUACUUAAUAUAACUACAACACUAUUAAUGAUUGGUAUAAUUAUUACAGUUGUAAUGCUUCGAUAUGAUUAUGAAAAAACACAUCCUAUUCAUCCAAUACAAACAACCGUAGCUUAUAUACCAUGGCUACCAGGACGUUAA